CUCACAAUGGCCAAUCAGAGCAAAUCCCUGUGGCUGCGUAGCUCUAAUGGCCAAAAACUGCAGUGCCAGGUGAACACGGAUCAACCCUUGGUCGCAUUUCUCAAGAAUAAAUAUGCCCUUGCAAUGGGAACGUCCCCUGAAUCCCUGAUUAUGGUCUUCGAUGGGGAGAAAAUCCAGGAGCAGGACACCUUUGACUCCUUGGCCUUGGACGAUGAUGAUAUCAUUGACGUUUAUGAAGCCAAUUAGUGGCCUAAAAACCAUGAAAAUAUGAUUUGUCGUUGAUGUUUCAUGUUCAUUGCAGGGCAGAGUCAAUGAACUUUGUGGGGGUUGCACUUGCC